AUGGAGCCGAAGAAAGCGCAGCCAAAAGGCAUCACACGGACGGCGGUUCGAAUCUCGGACCUGUCCUUGAAAACCCACCCGUCCAUGUCCCUCAAGGUCAACACCUUCAAGGUCAACACCUUCAAGGUCAACACCUUCAAGGUCAACACCUUCAAGGUCAACACCUUCAAGGUCAACACCUUCAAGGUCAACACCCUCAAAGUCAACACGAGGGCGCCGGGGAGCCGUGGCAGCAAACGCACUGGAGUGAGUGGCUGGACGCGCCGGAAGUCCAAGAGCUGGCGGAGUCACCUGCUGUACAGUACGCUUGCGACAAUUACUGGCCGCAACUGCUCCACUGUUUUGCGGUCCUGGAAAACAAACAACUGCGUCCUACUCUUGACCAAUGACCCCCCCACCCAAUAUGCGCAUGCCGGGUGUAGUGAAAAGUGA